ACAGAGUGUGGAAACAUGUCAUCGAAAAGCUUAGGCCGCAAACUCAAGGGGAUAAAAAAUGGAAUAGGUAGCAUAUGGAGCAAGCAUAUGUUCUGUCGGUCAAAUUCCCACGUUGCUCUGGAUGUAACUCCAAUUGAACCUAUUCAACAGGGACAAUGGGCAAGUCUACCACCUGAAUUGCUUUUGGACAUAAUCCGAAGGGUUGAAAAGAGUGAGACAUUUUGGCCUGCACGUGCUGUUGUUAUCUUUUGUGCUUCAGUAUGUAAAUCAUGGAGGUCCGCCACAUUAGAGAUCGUCAAGACUCCUCAACAAUGUGGAAGGAUCACAUUUCCUAUUUCAGUGAAGCAGCCCGGUCCCUGUGAUUAUCCGAUCCAGUGCUUUAUUAGGAGGAACAAAAGAACGUCUACAUUCCUGUUGUACUUAGGCUUGGAGCCAUCGAAUAAUGAGGGUAAUAAGUUGUUAUUAGCUGCCAAAAAGAUAAGAAGGUCCGAAUUUGUCGUAUCCUUAGCAGCAGACGAUUUUUCUCAAGCCAGCAACAAAUUUGUUGGUAAAGUAAGGUCCAAUUUUUGGUGCACCAAGUUCUCUAUAUACGACAGUCAACCACCAGAUAAUGCUGCAGUUCAAUCAAAUUGUCGACCAAGCGGGAUAUUGAAUUCUAAGCAAGUGUCACCUAGAAGAGCUCCAGCAUGUAGCCAUCUUGUUGGCACCGUUUCCUAUGAGGUGGUGAUCACUACUGAUACACCACGAAAGAUCAACUGCAUCAUGAACUCGAUACCGACGUCAGCUCUUUAUGAAGGGGGAAACACUCCGACUCCAACAUCGUUACCUCCAAUAUUUGAUAUACCUUUUUCUUGUUCACCAGCACUUAAAGAAAAAAGUCCAAUGAAAGGUUCAUACCAUGGAAGCCUAUCGGAGCUACCAGAACUGAGUCAAAGCUCUAUCGAGCCCUUGACACUCAUAAACAUCUCUCGCUCAUAUUUUGAUCAAUUGAUCCAGUGUCGAGGACGAUGCUCCGCGCGCGUGAUAUCUAUAAAGAACUUUCAACUUGGAGCCUCUGUUCAUCUGCCUCAUAAUGUUUCACGGGCGGAGCUAAAGAGGGUAAUCUUACAGUUUGCAAAGAUUGAAAAAGAUCUAUUCAUCAUGGACUACUCUUAUCCACUCUCUGCCUUCCAAGCCUUUGCCAUUUGCUUGACGUCAAUGAGAGCCAUGCAUUUAUGAUCAUCGUCUCGUCUGCUGAUUUUUUGCAUAUAAAAAUGUGCACAGUUAAUCAAGCACCAAGAACUGUACCAUGCUGGUAAAAACUUAGUCACAGAAUUCUCUGCACAUUUAACUCCCAAAACACCACAAACCAGAGAAUCAAUGCGAUUUGAAUGAGAAGAAGUUCGCUUAAAAUGUACAAAGAAAAAGCAAUGAAAUGUUAGAAAAGGGACAUGCAAUUUCCGCUUUUUCGAGAGGGGAAUGUUCCGUCCUGCAUAUGUGCAAAGCGUCACC